GGGAAGAAGGAGCGAGGUCAUGGCCGGCGGCGGCGGCGGAUCGCGGACGGGCGGCGGCGUGGAACCCCUCGGGGAGCGCUGAGCCCCCCCGCCCGGCCCGGGACCACCGCCCAUGGAUCGACUGCUGCUGCUCUGCGCUGCUCUCGCCCUAUUUCUGCCCUAUAGCGCCUCCGACAGCGCAGUGCAAUGCGGCCGCCCCAAGGACGUGGCCAAUGCGAUCAUCAACGCGGGCGACACAGCGCUGGUCAACACCAUCCUGCGUUACACCUGCAAGCUGGGCUACAAGCGCAAAGCUGGCACCUCCACCCUCAUCCAGUGCAUCCUCAUCAGUGACAAGCCUGUCUGGACACACACUGAGCUGCAGUGCAUCCGGGACCCGGCUCUACCUCCGCAAACCCCAAGCCCUGAGCUCCCGACCGUGACGACAAGCCAAAGAGGAACCAACACCCCUUCAGCAACAGUGCCUGUGCCAUCACCAGAGACAUCUGUGCCACCAGCAAUGCCCAAACCACCAGAGAUGCCUACACCGGCAGAGGGGACAGCCCUGGGGACAACUCCACUGCCCACCAUCCCCAUGGACCACGUUGCAGUUUCCACCCAGACCUUGGCCUCUUCCAUCGGUAAGCAUUGCUGCGUUGAUGGUAAGAGUGAGCUGCUUUGUUUCUUUGUAACCCUAAAAAACCAGGGCUGUGCGAGGUUUAUGCCAUUGUUUGAGGGCAAAGUUUCCAAGAGGGGCAGCAUGCAGCACCCCAAUGCCUUCCCUUGGCAGAGAAGAUACCUUGAAAAUGCACUACAGAAGUUGUGUGCAGUGUAGUUUUGACUCUGGAGCUGUUCCCUUGGCCAUCCAUUGGAAGACGCUCAUCAUCCACUUUGUUUCUCCCUUAGGGAUCUCAAUCCUGUUUGUUGUCAGUGUUGCGGGAUUCUGCUACUGGAGGAUGAAAACGUAAGUUUGUUGAGCACCAUGUGGCUCAUCCACAAGACCCGCUGCUUUCCUGAAAGCUGGGAAAGACCCUCUGGGCACGGUUCACACUCUUCUCCCAUCUGUAGGCGCCAGAACUAUGUGGUGGCAGUGACGGCCAUCCCAAUGGUGGCUCCCACCACCGCAGCAGAGAACGAUGAGAUGUUGCCACCUGGUGACAUCCCCACGGGCUGAGCACCCAGCACAGAGCACGUUGGUGUACCUACCAGCCCCGCCAGCCAGGAGGAUGCUCGAAGCUUGGUGCUUCCCCAAGUGGCAGUGGCAUGGGGCAUGUCCCCACGUCCCCAGCUGCCCAUUGCAUGGAGCAUCUUCGCUCCAGGGACAUGUAGCUGCUCUUCUCAGCCUGAACAAGUGGAUGAGAUCACUCUGGUGCCAAGAGGUGAGUGGUUAUCCUAUUGUAUGGCUCAAUGAGCAACUCAAGUUGGCGUGAAUUCAAUGGAAAUCCUAAACGGGAGCCAAAAUUAGGGAUCAGUACCCAAGCACAAAGCAGGGCUGGAAAAGUUAGCAGUAUGGGAUGCAAGGGACAGAGCAAGGCCAUUGCUAAGGCACCCAUGGGUGGCCUGAGCCCAUAGAUAGUGCCCAUCCUCAUGCAGACUGGGUGGCCAUAGUCAACAUGGUCCAGGCUGCUUGCCUCAGUAAAGAACAUUUGUGGGACAGAAGACAGAGUUUGGGUGCUGGGGUUGAAGUCAGGCUGCCCAAGUAAAACCAUUCCCUGGUUAGGAACAAGGCCUGCUGGACACUAGUCCCAUCCUUAGAGGUGCUUUAACCCCAAAUUGCCCCCCAAACACAGAAAGCAGCACUGCUUAGGGUCAAUAAAUAGAGACUCAGGUGAUUAUCCCUCCACUGUACCUUGAUUCCCUUCCUGCUCUCUUCCAGCCAUUCACUCAUGAACCAACAGCCACAGCAAAGGGUUCCAGCUCCAUCACCAGUUCAGAGGUCAUCGCCUCGUCCACACUCAGGGAUCUUUGGGUGGCAAUUUCGGCACCAAUGCCAGCUGCUCGCAGGGGACUGCACACGGGAGCAUUUUGCUACUAACACUACCAAAGCCUGAAGACAAGGACAUGGCAACAAUAUCUGUUGUUAUCCACUCAUUUCUCCCCCACCCCCUUGCUACAGAACAGAUGGUUUUGCACUGAUGUUUUAUAUAUAAAGGGUAUAUAUUAUAAUGUAAAAA